UCGCUCGCGGGAGUCUGGGCCGAGUAGUCGGCGGCGGCAGGCAGGGAGCGCGGGGCCGGCGCGGCUGGGCUGCGGGGUCACCCUCCUCCCGCACAGUGCGGCGCAGGGAGGCUCCCGCCUCGGCCGCCCCCGCCCGCGCCUCCUCCCCCGCUCUGCAGGCGGGGACCGCCCGGCGCUCGCACCCGGCCGCCGCGGCCCCCUCCGCCCCCGGCUCCGGGCAGCGCCGCGGCAGUAGCGGCAGCACAGCGGCGGCAGCAGCGGCAGGAGGCAGCGCGAGGGGCCGCCGCCAGCGCCGCCGGGCUCCGCGGGGCUCAGGAGGCAGCGCCGGCGAGGAGGCGCGGAGCCAUGGCCGAUGGGGGCGAGGGCGAGGACGAGAUCCAGUUCCUGCGAACUGACGACGAGGUGGUUCUGCAGUGUACCACGACCAUCCAGAAAGAGCAACAGAAGCUGUGUUUGGCCGCAGAAGGAUUUGGCAAUCGGCUUUGUUUCUUGGAGUCCACUUCAAAUUCCAAGAAUGUUCCCCCAGACCUCUCCAUCUGCACCUUUGUGCUGGAACAGUCUCUCUCUGUCCGGGCCCUGCAGGAGAUGCUGGCUAACACCGUGGAGAAGUCAGAAGGGCAAGUUGAUGUGGAAAAAUGGAAAUUCAUGAUGAAGACUGCUCAAGGUGGUGGUCAUCGGACACUCCUCUAUGGACAUGCCAUAUUGCUCCGCCAUUCCUACAGUGGCAUGUAUCUCUGCUGCCUGUCCACCUCCCGGUCUUCAACUGAUAAACUGGCCUUUGAUGUUGGCUUGCAAGAGGACACAACAGGGGAGGCUUGCUGGUGGACCAUUCAUCCCGCCUCCAAGCAGCGGUCGGAAGGAGAGAAGGUUCGAGUUGGAGAUGACCUCAUCUUGGUCAGUGUGUCCUCUGAGCGGUACCUGCAUUUGUCUUACGGCAAUGGAAGCUUACACGUGGACGCUGCUUUCCAGCAGACUCUCUGGAGCGUGGCCCCCAUCAGCUCAGGAAGCGAAGCCGCCCAAGGGUAUCUAAUUGGUGGUGACGUCCUCAGGUUGCUGCACGGACACAUGGAUGAAUGCCUCACUGUCCCUUCAGGAGAACACGGGGAAGAGCAGCGGAGAACUGUUCACUAUGAAGGUGGUGCUGUAUCCGUUCAUGCACGUUCCCUGUGGAGACUAGAGACACUAAGAGUUGCGUGGAGUGGAAGCCACAUAAGAUGGGGACAGCCUUUCCGACUACGCCAUGUCACAACAGGAAAAUACUUGAGUCUCAUGGAAGACAAAAGCCUUCUGCUCAUGGACAAAGAAAAGGCUGAUGUAAAAUCAACGGCAUUUACCUUCCGAUCUUCCAAGGAAAAAUUGGAUGUAGGCGUGAGAAAAGAAGUUGAUGGCAUGGGGACAUCUGAAAUAAAAUAUGGAGACUCAGUAUGCUACAUACAACAUAUAAAUACGGGCCUGUGGCUGACUUACCAGUCUGUGGAUGUGAAAUCAGUGAGGAUGGGAUCCAUACAACGUAAGGCUAUUAUGCAUCACGAAGGUCACAUGGACGAUGGCUUGAAUUUAUCUAGAUCUCAGCAUGAAGAAUCGCGGACUGCACGAGUCAUCCGGAGUACAGUUUUCCUUUUCAAUAGAUUUAUAAGGGGCCUUGAUGCACUCAGCAAGAAAGUGAAGUCUUCCACGGUGGACCUCCCUAUAGAAUCUGUGAGUCUAAGUCUGCAGGACCUGAUUGGUUACUUUCACCCCCCAGACGAGCAUUUAGAGCAUGAAGACAAGCAGAACAGAUUGCGAGCUCUGAAGAACCGGCAGAAUCUCUUCCAGGAAGAGGGAAUGAUCAACCUCGUGCUCGAGUGUAUAGACAGGCUGCACGUGUACAGCAGCGCGGCCCACUUUGCUGAUGUCGCCGGGAGAGAAGCCGGCGAGUCCUGGAAGUCGAUUCUGAAUUCUCUCUAUGAGUUGCUAGCGGCUCUAAUUAGAGGAAAUCGUAAAAACUGUGCUCAAUUUUCUGGCUCCCUUGACUGGUUGAUCAGCCGAUUGGAAAGACUAGAAGCUUCUUCUGGUAUUCUUGAAGUUUUACACUGUGUGUUAGUAGAAAGUCCAGAAGCUCUAAAUAUUAUUAAGGAAGGACACAUUAAAUCCAUAAUCUCCCUUUUAGACAAGCAUGGGAGAAACCACAAGGUUCUGGACGUCUUGUGUUCUCUCUGUGUCUGCCAUGGAGUAGCGGUCCGUUCCAACCAGCAUCUCAUCUGUGACAAUCUGCUGCCAGGAAGAGAUCUACUGUUGCAGACACGUCUUGUGAACCAUGUCAGCAGCAUGAGACCCAACAUUUUUCUGGGCGUCAGUGAAGGGUCCGCUCAGUAUAAGAAGUGGUACUAUGAGCUGAUGGUGGACCACACGGAGCCGUUCGUGACCGCCGAAGCCACGCACCUGCGGGUGGGCUGGGCGUCCACCGAAGGGUACUCGCCCUACCCAGGAGGCGGUGAGGAGUGGGGUGGAAACGGCGUCGGAGAUGACCUCUUCUCCUACGGAUUCGAUGGCCUUCAUCUCUGGUCAGGCUGCAUUGCUCGUACUGUAAGCUCACCAAACCAGCAUCUGCUGAGAACGGAUGACGUCAUCAGUUGCUGUCUAGAUCUGAGUGCCCCGAGCAUCUCAUUCCGAAUCAACGGACAACCUGUUCAAGGAAUGUUUGAGAAUUUCAACAUUGAUGGCCUCUUCUUUCCGGUUGUUAGUUUCUCUGCAGGAAUAAAGGUACGCUUUCUGCUUGGGGGGAGACACGGAGAAUUUAAAUUCCUCCCGCCACCUGGGUACGCUCCUUGUUAUGAAGCCGUUCUGCCGAAAGAAAAGUUGAAAGUGGAGCACAGUCGAGAGUACAAGCAAGAAAGGACUUACACACGGGACCUCCUGGGGCCCACGGUCUCCCUGACGCAGGCUGCCUUCACGCCCAUCCCUGUGGAUACCAGCCAGAUCGUGUUGCCUCCUCACCUAGAGAGAAUAAGAGAAAAACUGGCAGAGAAUAUCCAUGAACUCUGGGUUAUGAAUAAAAUUGAACUUGGCUGGCAGUAUGGUCCGGUUAGAGAUGACAAUAAGAGACAGCACCCGUGUCUGGUGGAGUUCUCCAAGCUGCCUGAGCAGGAACGCAAUUACAACUUGCAGAUGUCUCUGGAGACCCUGAAGACUUUGCUGGCGUUAGGAUGUCAUGUGGGUAUAUCAGACGAACAUGCUGAAGAAAAGGUGAAAAAAAUGAAGCUGCCUAAGAAUUACCAGCUGACAAGUGGGUACAAGCCUGCCCCAAUGGACCUGAGCUUUAUCAAACUCACCCCAUCUCAGGAAGCGAUGGUGGACAAGUUGGCAGAAAAUGCCCAUAAUGUGUGGGCCCGGGAUCGAAUCCGGCAGGGCUGGACUUAUGGCAUCCAACAGGAUGUAAAGAACAGAAGAAACCCUCGUCUGGUUCCCUAUGCCCUUCUAGAUGACCGCACCAAGAAAUCCAAUAAGGACAGCCUCCGUGAGGCCGUGCGCACGCUGCUGGGGUAUGGCUACAACCUGGAAGCGCCAGAUCAAGAUCAUGCUGCCAGAGCGGAGGUGUGUAGCGGCACCGGGGAGCGGUUCCGAAUCUUCCGCGCCGAGAAGACCUACGCUGUCAAGGCAGGAAGGUGGUAUUUUGAGUUCGAGGCAGUCACUGCCGGCGACAUGAGGGUUGGCUGGAGCAGGCCAGGUUGUCAACCCGACCAAGAGCUUGGCUCCGACGAACGUGCCUUUGCUUUUGAUGGCUUCAAGGCCCAGCGGUGGCACCAGGGUAAUGAGCACUAUGGGCGCUCUUGGCAAGCCGGCGAUGUUGUGGGAUGUAUGGUGGACAUGACAGAGCACACCAUGAUGUUCACACUGAAUGGCGAAAUCCUUCUGGAUGAUUCGGGCUCAGAACUGGCGUUCAAGGACUUUGAUGUUGGCGAUGGAUUCAUUCCUGUCUGUAGCCUUGGAGUGGCUCAAGUGGGCCGCAUGAACUUUGGAAAGGAUGUCAGCACCUUGAAAUAUUUCACCAUCUGUGGCUUACAAGAGGGCUAUGAACCAUUUGCUGUUAACACGAACAGGGAUAUUACGAUGUGGCUGAGCAAGAGGCUUCCUCAGUUUCUCCAGGUCCCAUCCAAUCACGAGCAUAUCGAGGUGACCAGAAUAGACGGCACCAUAGACAGUUCUCCGUGUUUAAAGGUCACUCAGAAGUCCUUCGGUUCUCAGAACAGCAGCACCGAUAUCAUGUUCUAUCGGCUGAGCAUGCCCAUCGAAUGUGCAGAGGUUUUCUCCAAGACGGUGGCAGGAGGACUCCCAGGCGCCGGGCUCUUUGGGCCCAAGAAUGAUCUGGAGGAUUAUGAUGCAGAUUCUGACUUUGAGGUUCUAAUGAAGACCGCUCACGGCCAUCUGGUGCCAGAUCGAGUGGACAAAGACAAGGAAGCCACAAAACCAGAGUUUAAUAACCACAAAGAUUAUGCUCAGGAAAAGCCCUCUCGUCUGAAACAAAGAUUUUUGCUUAGAAGAACAAAGCCAGAUUACAGCAUGAGCCAUUCUGCAAGACUCACGGAAGAUGUCCUUGCAGAUGAUCGAGAUGAUUACGAUUACUUGAUGCAAACAUCCACGUACUAUUACUCAGUGAGAAUCUUUCCUGGCCAAGAACCUGCUAACGUCUGGGUAGGCUGGAUUACAUCAGAUUUUCAUCAAUAUGAUACAGGCUUUGACUUGGACAGAGUUCGUACAGUAACCGUUACUCUAGGAGACGAGAAGGGAAAAGUGCAUGAGAGCAUCAAACGCAGUAACUGCUAUAUGGUGUGUGCGGGCGAGAGCAUGAGCCCCGGGCAAGGGCGCAACAACAAUGGCCUGGAGAUUGGGUGCGUCGUGGACGCUGCCAGCGGGCUGCUCACGUUCACUGCCAACGGCAAGGAGCUGGGCACGUACUACCAGGUGGAGCCAAGUACAAAAUUAUUUCCUGCAGUGUUUGCACAAGCAACAAGUCCCAAUGUUUUCCAGUUUGAGUUGGGAAGAAUAAAGAAUGUGAUGCCUCUGUCGGCGGGAUUAUUCAAGAGCGAGCACAAAAACCCCGUGCCGCAGUGUCCGCCACGUCUCCACGUGCAGUUUCUGUCCCACGUCCUGUGGAGCAGGAUGCCCAACCAGUUCUUGAAGGUAGAUGUCUCUCGAAUCAGUGAGCGCCAAGGCUGGCUGGUGCAGUGUUUGGAUCCUCUGCAGUUCAUGUCUCUUCAUAUCCCGGAGGAGAACAGGUCUGUGGACAUACUGGAGCUGACGGAGCAGGAGGAGCUGCUGAAAUUCCACUAUCACACUCUCCGGCUUUACUCCGCUGUCUGCGCUCUUGGGAACCACCGGGUGGCGCACGCCUUGUGCAGCCAUGUCGAUGAGCCGCAGCUUCUCUACGCCAUCGAGAACAAGUACAUGCCCGGCUUGCUGCGCGCUGGCUACUACGACCUGCUGAUUGACAUCCACCUGAGCUCCUACGCCACGGCCAGGCUCAUGAUGAACAGUGAGUUCAUCGUGCCCAUGACGGAGGAGACCAAGAGCAUCACCCUUUUCCCUGACGAGAACAAAAAACAUGGCCUCCCGGGGAUUGGCCUUAGCACCUCCCUCAGGCCACGGAUACAGUUUUCCUCCCCCAGUUUUGUAAGCAUUAAUAAUGAAUGUUACCAGUACAGUCCAGAGUUCCCGCUGGACAUCCUCAAGGCCAAAACCAUUCAGAUGUUGACAGAAGCUGUUAAGGAGGGCAGCCUUCAUGCCCGGGACCCCGUUGGGGGGACAACUGAGUUCCUCUUUGUACCUCUCAUCAAGCUUUUCUACACUCUGCUAAUCAUGGGGAUCUUCCACAAUGAGGACUUGAAACACAUCUUGCGGUUGAUAGAGCCCAGUGUGUUCAAGGAAGCCACCACUCCGGAAGAGGAGACGGACACGCUGGAGAAAGAGCCCAGCCUAGAAGACUCCAAGCCAGACGGAGCUGGUGAAGAUGAAGCCAAAGGGGGUAAGAGGCCCAAGGAAGGCCUGCUCCAAAUGAAACUGCCUGAGCCAGUUAAAUUGCAGAUGUGCCUGCUGCUUCAGUACCUCUGUGACUGCCAAGUCCGGCACCGGAUAGAAGCCAUUGUGGCCUUUUCCGAUGACUUCGUAGCAAAGCUCCAAGACAACCAGCGUUUUCGAUACAACGAAGUAAUGCAAGCCUUAAACAUGUCAGCUGCCCUCACCGCCCGGAAAACGAAGGAAUUUAGAUCGCCCCCUCAAGAGCAGAUCAAUAUGCUUCUCAAUUUUAAGGAUGACAAAAGUGAAUGUCCAUGUCCUGAAGAAAUCCGUGACCAGCUUUUAGAUUUUCAUGAAGAUUUGAUGACACAUUGUGGAAUUGAGCUGGAUGAAGAUGGGUCUUUGGAUGGAAACAGUGACUUAACAAUUAGAGGACGCCUGCUGUCCCUGGUAGAAAAGGUGACAUACCUGAAGAAGAAACAAGCUGAAAAACCAGUUGAGAGUGACUCCAAGAAGUCCUCCACUCUUCAACAGUUGAUUUCUGAAACCAUGGUCCGAUGGGCACAAGAGUCUGUCAUUGAAGACCCUGAGUUGGUGAGGGCCAUGUUUGUGUUGCUCCAUCGACAGUAUGAUGGCAUUGGGGGUCUGGUCCGGGCUCUGCCAAAGACCUACACUAUAAAUGGUGUCUCCGUGGAGGAUACCAUCAACCUGCUGGCGUCUCUUGGUCAGAUCCGUUCUCUGCUGAGCGUAAGAAUGGGCAAAGAAGAAGAGAAGCUUAUGAUUCGUGGAUUAGGGGAUAUCAUGAAUAAUAAAGUAUUUUACCAACACCCUAAUCUCAUGAGGGCACUUGGGAUGCACGAGACAGUGAUGGAGGUCAUGGUGAAUGUCCUUGGAGGUGGAGAGUCCAAGGAAAUCACUUUUCCCAAGAUGGUGGCCAACUGUUGCCGUUUCCUUUGUUACUUCUGUCGUAUAAGUAGGCAGAAUCAAAAAGCUAUGUUUGAUCAUCUCAGCUAUUUACUGGAGAAUAGCAGUGUCGGUCUUGCCUCACCAGCUAUGAGAGGUUCAACGCCGUUGGAUGUGGCAGCCGCGUCGGUGAUGGAUAAUAAUGAACUGGCCUUAGCUCUGCGUGAACCAGAUCUGGAAAAGGUAGUUCGAUAUUUGGCUGGUUGUGGACUGCAGAGCUGCCAGAUGUUGGUGUCUAAGGGUUAUCCAGACAUUGGUUGGAAUCCAGUUGAAGGAGAGAGAUAUCUUGACUUUCUCAGAUUUGCUGUCUUCUGUAAUGGGGAGAGCGUGGAAGAGAACGCAAACGUUGUGGUGAGGUUGCUCAUCCGGAGGCCUGAGUGUUUCGGUCCUGCUCUGAGAGGGGAAGGUGGGAAUGGUCUGCUCGCAGCCAUGGAAGAAGCCAUAAAAAUAUCUGAGGAUCCCUCACGAGAUGGUCCGUCCCCAACUAGUGGAUCCAGUAAAACACUUGAUACAGAAGAGGAGGAGGAUGACACUAUCCACAUGGGAAAUGCCAUCAUGACCUUUUAUGCAGCCUUGAUUGACCUCUUAGGACGCUGUGCUCCUGAAAUGCAUUUGAUUCAUGCUGGUAAGGGGGAAGCCAUCCGAAUUCGGUCCAUUUUGAGAUCCCUAAUUCCGCUGGGAGAUUUGGUGGGAGUAAUCAGCAUUGCUUUUCAGAUGCCAACAGUAGCCAAAGAUGGGAAUGUGGUGGAGCCUGACAUGUCUGCAGGGUUUUGCCCAGAUCACAAGGCAGCCAUGGUUUUGUUCCUUGACAGGGUCUAUGGGAUUGAGGUUCAAGAUUUCCUCCUCCAUCUUCUCGAGGUUGGCUUUCUGCCAGAUCUCCGGGCUGCUGCUUCUUUAGAUACGGCUGCUCUGAGUGCUACAGACAUGGCCUUGGCCCUCAAUCGAUACCUUUGCACAGCCGUGCUGCCUCUGUUAACAAGAUGUGCCCCCCUUUUUGCGGGCACAGAGCACCAUGCUUCUCUCAUUGACUCCUUACUUCACACUGUGUACAGACUCUCUAAGGGCUGCUCUCUCACCAAAGCUCAGCGGGAUUCCAUAGAAGUUUGUUUACUCUCUAUUUGUGGCCAACUGAGACCUUCUAUGAUGCAGCACUUGCUCCGAAGAUUAGUAUUUGACGUCCCGUUAUUAAAUGAACAUGCAAAGAUGCCUCUUAAGCUGCUGACAAAUCAUUAUGAAAGAUGCUGGAAGUAUUACUGUUUGCCUGGAGGGUGGGGGAACUUUGGAGCUGCCUCUGAAGAAGAGCUUCAUUUAUCAAGAAAGCUGUUUUGGGGCAUCUUUGACGCCCUGUCUCAAAAGAAAUAUGAACAAGAACUUUUCAAACUGGCACUACCUUGCCUGAGUGCAGUUGCGGGAGCUUUGCCCCCAGACUACAUGGAGUCAAAUUAUGUCAGUAUGAUGGAAAAACAGUCAUCAAUGGAUUCUGAAGGGAACUUUAACCCACAACCUGUUGAUACCUCAAAUAUUACAAUCCCCGAGAAGCUGGAAUACUUCAUUAACAAGUAUGCAGAACAUUCUCAUGACAGAUGGUCAAUGGACAAGUUGGCAAAUGGAUGGAUUUAUGGAGAAAUAUAUUCAGACUCGUCUAAAGUUCAACCAUUAAUGAAGCCAUAUAAACUAUUAUCCGAAAAGGAAAAAGAAAUUUAUCGCUGGCCGAUCAAAGAGUCUUUAAAAACCAUGCUGGCGUGGGGUUGGAGGAUUGAGAGAACGAGGGAGGGAGACAGCAUGGCCCUCUACAAUCGGACGCGUCGCAUUUCUCAGACAAGUCAGGUUUCUGUGGAUGCUGCACACGGGUAUAGUCCCCGAGCCAUUGAUAUGAGCAACGUCACACUAUCCCGAGACCUGCACGCUAUGGCAGAAAUGAUGGCUGAAAACUACCACAAUAUAUGGGCCAAGAAAAAGAAAAUGGAGCUGGAAUCCAAAGGAGGUGGAAACCAUCCCCUGCUGGUACCCUAUGAUACACUGACAGCCAAAGAGAAGGCCAAGGAUAGGGAAAAAGCACAGGACAUCCUCAAGUUCUUGCAGAUCAAUGGCUACGCCGUAUCCAGGGGAUUCAAAGACCUGGAAUUGGACACACCGUCCAUUGAGAAACGAUUUGCUUAUAGCUUCCUUCAGCAACUCAUUCGCUACGUCGAUGAAGCCCAUCAGUAUAUCCUGGAGUUUGAUGGUGGCAGCAGAAGCAAAGGAGAACAUUUCCCUUAUGAACAAGAAAUCAAGUUCUUCGCUAAAGUUGUUCUUCCUUUAAUCGAUCAGUAUUUCAAAAACCAUCGUUUAUACUUCUUGUCUGCAGCAAGUCGACCUCUUUGUUCUGGAGGACAAGCAUCAAACAAGGAGAAAGAAAUGGUGACUAGCCUAUUCUGCAAACUUGGAGUUCUUGUCAGGCAUAGGAUUUCACUAUUUGGAAAUGAUGCCACAUCAAUUGUCAACUGCCUUCAUAUUUUGGGUCAGACCUUGGAUGCCAGGACUGUGAUGAAGACUGGCCUAGAGAGUGUUAAAAGUGCACUCCGAGCUUUUCUGGACAACGCCGCAGAGGACCUGGAGAAGACCAUGGAGAACCUCAAGCAGGGCCAGUUCACCCACACCCGAAACCAACCCAGAGGUGUCACUCAGAUCAUCAAUUACACCACGGUGGCUCUGUUGCCGAUGCUGUCGUCAUUAUUUGAGCAUAUUGGCCAGCAUCAGUUUGGAGAAGAUCUAAUAUUGGAAGAUGUACAGGUAUCAUGUUACAGAAUUCUGACUAGCUUGUAUGCUCUAGGAACCAGCAAAAGUAUUUAUGUGGAAAGGCAACGUUCUGCAUUAGGAGAAUGUCUUGCUGCUUUUGCUGGUGCCUUUCCUGUAGCAUUUUUGGAAACUCAUCUCGACAAACAUAACAUUUAUUCCAUCUACAAUACUAAGUCCUCACGAGAAAGAGCAGCUCUCAAUUUGCCAACUAAUGUGGAAGAUGUUUGCCCAAAUAUACCGUCUUUGGAGAAACUCAUGGAAGAAAUUGUGGAAUUAGCCGAGUCUGGCAUUCGCUACACACAAAUGCCCCAUGUGAUGGAAGUCAUACUGCCCAUGCUUUGCAGCUACAUGUCCCGGUGGUGGGAGCACGGACCCGAAAACAACCCGGAAAGGGCUGAAAUGUGCUGCACAGCGCUGAACUCCGAGCACAUGAACACGCUCCUGGGGAAUAUAUUGAAAAUUAUAUAUAAUAACUUGGGAAUUGAUGAGGGCGCCUGGAUGAAGAGGUUAGCAGUUUUUUCGCAGCCCAUUAUAAAUAAAGUGAAACCUCAGCUCCUAAAAACUCAUUUCUUGCCAUUAAUGGAGAAACUCAAGAAGAAAGCGGCGAUGGUGGUGUCUGAGGAGGACCAUCUGAAGGCGGAGGCCAGGGGGGAUAUGUCAGAGGCAGAACUUCUCAUUCUCGAUGAGUUCACCACGCUGGCCAGAGAUCUCUAUGCCUUCUACCCGCUACUGAUUAGAUUUGUAGACUACAACAGGGCAAAGUGGUUAAAAGAGCCUAACCCUGAAGCAGAGGACCUUUUCCGCAUGGUGGCCGAAGUGUUUAUCUACUGGUCUAAAUCCCAUAAUUUCAAAAGAGAAGAGCAGAACUUCGUGGUACAGAAUGAAAUCAACAAUAUGUCUUUCCUCAUUACUGACACCAAAUCAAAGAUGUCAAAGGCAGCUGUCUCUGAUCAGGAGAGGAAGAAAAUGAAGCGCAAAGGAGAUCGAUACUCGAUGCAGACGUCCCUUAUUGUGGCAGCUCUGAAGCGACUGCUGCCCAUUGGGUUGAACAUCUGUGCGCCUGGGGACCAGGAGCUCAUUGCUCUGGCCAAAAACCGAUUUAGUAUGAAAGACACUGAAGAUGAAGUACGAGAUAUAAUCCGCAGUAAUAUUCAUUUACAAGGCAAGUUGGAGGAUCCUGCUAUUCGAUGGCAAAUGGCUCUUUACAAAGACUUACCAAACAGGACCGAAGAUACGUCGGAUCCGGAGAAGACUGUGGAAAGAGUAUUAGAUAUAGCGAAUGUGCUUUUCCAUCUUGAGCAGAAAUCUACAUGUAUGCGCUGGAGAUAUUACAGUCUGGUGGAGCAUCCACAGAGAUCGAAGAAGGCUGUAUGGCACAAACUGUUAUCCAAGCAGAGGAAAAGGGCAGUGGUAGCCUGCUUCCGGAUGGCUCCUUUAUACAAUCUGCCAAGGCACCGGGCUGUCAAUCUCUUUCUUCAGGGAUAUGAGAAGUCUUGGAUUGAAACGGAAGAACACUAUUUUGAAGAUAAACUGAUAGAAGAUUUAGCAAAACCUGGAGCCAACCCUCCAGAAGAAGAAGAAGGCACGAAGCGAGUUGAUCCCCUCCAUCAGCUCAUACUUCUGUUUAGUCGAACAGCUUUAACAGAGAAAUGCAAACUGGAGGAAGAUUUUUUAUAUAUGGCGUAUGCAGAUAUUAUGGCAAAGAGUUGUCAUGAUGAGGAAGAUGAUGAUGGGGAAGAAGAAGUGAAGAGUUUUGAAGCCACAGGAUCCCAACGCAGCAAGGAAAAAGAAAUGGAAAAGCAAAAGCUACUCUACCAACAAGCCAGGCUCCACGACCGCGGGGCAGCUGAGAUGGUGCUACAGACCAUCAGCGCCAGCAAAGGGGAUACGGGACCAAUGGUAGCUGCGACUUUGAAACUUGGAAUUGCUAUCUUAAAUGGGGGCAACUCCACAGUGCAGCAGAAAAUGCUUGACUACCUCAAGGAGAAAAAGGAUGUGGGCUUCUUUCAGAGUCUGGCUGGCCUGAUGCAGUCCUGUAGUGUCCUCGACCUAAAUGCAUUUGAGAGACAAAACAAAGCUGAAGGACUUGGAAUGGUGACCGAAGAAGGAUCAGGAGAAAAGGUUCUCCAGGACGACGAAUUCACUUGCGACCUCUUUCGCUUCCUACAACUGCUCUGUGAGGGACACAACUCAGAUUUUCAAAAUUAUCUGAGAACUCAGACUGGCAAUAAUACGACUGUGAACAUAAUCAUCUCGACCGUAGACUACCUCCUGAGAGUCCAGGAAUCCAUUAGCGAUUUCUACUGGUAUUACUCUGGGAAAGACGUUAUUGAUGAACAAGGACAACGGAAUUUCUCCAAAGCAAUUCAAGUAGCAAAGCAAGUCUUUAACACUCUCACAGAGUAUAUUCAGGGUCCCUGCACCGGGAAUCAGCAGAGCUUGGCCCACAGCAGGCUGUGGGAUGCGGUUGUGGGCUUUCUUCACGUAUUUGCCCACAUGCAGAUGAAGCUGUCUCAGGAUUCCAGUCAAAUUGAGCUCUUAAAAGAAUUAAUGGAUCUUCAGAAGGAUAUGGUGGUCAUGUUGCUGUCCAUGUUAGAAGGAAAUGUUGUCAAUGGAACCAUCGGCAAGCAGAUGGUCGACAUGCUCGUGGAAUCUUCCAACAACGUGGAGAUGAUUCUCAAGUUUUUUGACAUGUUCUUAAAACUAAAGGAUUUGACAUCUUCUGACACAUUUAAGGAAUAUGAUCCCGACGGCAAGGGAGUCAUUUCCAAGAGGGACUUCCAUAAAGCGAUGGAGAGCCAUAAGCACUACACACAGUCCGAAACCGAGUUUCUUUUGUCCUGCGCGGAGACCGAUGAAAACGAGACCCUCGACUAUGAAGAGUUCGUCAAACGGUUCCACGAGCCUGCGAAGGACAUCGGCUUCAACGUCGCCGUUCUCCUGACCAACCUGUCUGAACACAUGCCCAACGACACCCGGCUGCAGACCUUCCUGGAGCUGGCCGAGAGCGUGCUGAACUACUUCCAGCCCUUCCUGGGCCGCAUCGAGAUCAUGGGAAGCGCCAAGCGCAUCGAGCGGGUCUAUUUCGAAAUCAGCGAGUCCAGCCGCACGCAGUGGGAGAAGCCCCAGGUCAAGGAGUCCAAACGGCAGUUCAUAUUCGAUGUGGUCAACGAAGGGGGAGAGAAGGAGAAGAUGGAGCUCUUCGUCAACUUCUGCGAGGACACCAUCUUCGAGAUGCAGCUGGCGGCGCAGAUCUCAGAGUCGGAUCUGAAUGAGAGGUCGGCGAACAAGGACGAGAGUGAGAAGGAGAAGCCGGAAGAACAGGGGCCCAGGAUGGGCUUCUUUUCCAUCCUGACGGUCACGUCGGCCCUGCUGGCUCUUAGGCACAAUGUCUUGACUCUCAUGCGAAUGCUCAGCCUGAAGAGCCUGAAGAAACAGAUGAAGAAGGUGAAGAAGAUGACCGUGAAGGACAUGGUCACAGCCGCCUUUUCGUCCUACUGGAGCGUCUUCGUGAGCCUCCUGCACUUCGUGGCCAGCGUUUCCAGAGGCUUCUUCCGCAUCGUCUGCAGCCUGCUGCUGGGGGGCAGCCUGGUAGAAGGAGCGAAGAAGAUCAGGGUGGCGGAGCUCUUAGCUAACAUGCCGGACCCCACCCAGGACGAGGUGAGGGGGGACGGCGAGGAGGGGGACAGGAAGCCCAUGGAGGCCGCCCUGCCCUCGGAAGACCUCACAGACCUGAAGGAACUGACGGAGGAAAGCGACCUCCUUUCGGACAUAUUCGGGUUGGAUCUGAAGAGAGAAGGAGGACAGUACAAACUCAUUCCUCAUAACCCGAACGCUGGCCUCAGUGACCUCAUUAGCAACCCGGUCCCCAUCCCCGACGUGCAAGAAAAAUUCCAGGAACAGAAGGUGAAAGAGGAAGAAAAGGAGGAAAAAGAAGAAAACAAAUCUGAACCCGAAAAGGCCGAGGGAGAAGAUGGAGAAAAAGAAGAAAAAACCAAAGAAGAGAAGGGUAAACAGAAGUUGAGGCAGCUCCACACACACAGAUAUGGAGAGCCAGAAGUUCCUGAGUCAGCGUUCUGGAAGAAAAUCAUAGCAUAUCAACAGAAACUUCUAAACUAUUUUGCUCGCAACUUUUACAACAUGAGAAUGUUAGCCUUAUUUGUCGCAUUUGCAAUCAAUUUCAUCUUGCUUUUUUAUAAGGUCUCCACUUCUUCUGUGGUUGAAGGAAAGGAGCUCCCCACACGCAGUUUGAGUGAAAACGCCAAAGUCAGCACCCUAGACACCGGCUCGCCCCGAAUCAUCGCGGUUCACUAUGUCCUGGAGGAGAGCAGUGGCUAUAUGGAGCCCACGCUGAGGAUCCUAGCUGUUCUCCACACAGUCAUUUCUUUCUUCUGCAUCAUCGGAUACUACUGCUUGAAAGUCCCAUUGGUUAUUUUUAAGCGAGAAAAGGAAGUAGCUCGAAAACUGGAAUUUGAUGGGCUUUAUAUUACAGAACAACCUUCAGAAGAUGAUAUUAAAGGCCAGUGGGAUAGACUUGUAAUCAACACACAGUCAUUUCCCAACAACUACUGGGACAAAUUUGUUAAAAGAAAGGUUAUGGAUAAGUACGGAGAGUUCUACGGCCGGGACAGAAUCAGCGAGCUCCUAGGCAUGGACAAAGCCGCUCUGGACUUCAGCGAUGCCCGGGAGAAGAAGAAGCCGAAGAAAGACAGCUCCCUGUCGGCUGUAUUGAACUCUAUCGACGUGAAGUAUCAGAUGUGGAAACUCGGAGUCGUCUUCACUGACAACUCCUUCCUCUACUUGGCCUGGUAUAUGACUAUGUCCGUUCUUGGACACUAUAAUAACUUCUUUUUUGCUGCUCAUCUUCUCGACAUUGCUAUGGGAUUUAAGACGCUAAGAACCAUUUUGUCAUCGGUAACUCACAAUGGCAAGCAGCUUGUAUUAACUGUUGGCUUAUUAGCUGUUGUUGUAUACCUAUAUACUGUUGUGGCAUUCAAUUUUUUCCGAAAAUUCUACAAUAAAAGUGAAGACGGUGAUACCCCCGAUAUGAAAUGCGAUGAUAUGCUAACGUGCUAUAUGUUCCACAUGUAUGUCGGGGUACGUGCUGGAGGAGGGAUCGGUGAUGAAAUCGAAGACCCAGCAGGCGAUGAAUAUGAGAUCUAUCGAAUCAUCUUUGACAUCACCUUCUUCUUCUUCGUGAUUGUCAUUCUCUUGGCCAUAAUACAAGGUUUAAUUAUUGAUGCUUUUGGAGAACUAAGAGACCAACAGGAGCAAGUCAAAGAAGACAUGGAGACCAAAUGCUUUAUCUGUGGGAUAGGCAACGAUUACUUCGACACAGUACCACAUGGCUUUGAAACUCACACUUUACAGGAACACAAUCUGGCCAAUUACCUGUUUUUUCUGAUGUAUCUCAUAAACAAAGAUGAAACAGAGCACACAGGACAGGAAUCUUAUGUCUGGAAGAUGUAUCAAGAAAGGUGCUGGGAAUUUUUCCCAGCAGGGGACUGUUUCCGGAAACAGUAUGAGGACCAGCUAAAUUAAACUCAGACUCAGAUCACCUCUGAAAACCAAAACAUACACAUUCAUUCUUUCUGUCUCGGUCUCUCUCCCUCUGUCUCUGCUCUCUUGGAAACAUCCUGCUGAUUUUGUGAAUUGCCAGCAUUCUCUUCUUUCUGGGAGCAGUGAACUCUGUUUCUGAAGAACUGACCAUGCUUUUCCCCCCACCUUCUGUAUUUUCUUUGAGAAUAAAGACUGAAGAAUAACCUAAAUUCCUACACAGACAAACUAGGAACUGUGGAAAGAACACCAUUUCGGACACUCUCGAUCAUAAUGCCAACAGACCAAUUUCCUUCCAAGACUCCUGGAAGUCCCCUUGAGCUUUGGGACAGUCACAGAGAAGCAUAACAGCCACACUCAUCCGGCCUCUUUAUUUCACCAUCCUGAAAGGAACUCUCUGAUGGUCACAGAGCACUGUAGCACUUAAGAGAUUGCCGUGGACACCAGUUACGAAGGGAAAUAGUGCCUUACUAUAUGUGGGUUGAGCUAUGCAGAAGAUAUGUGCAUGAAAAAACAUCUUUAUUUUCUUUAUGUCGAUUUUUUUUCUUUACUUAGUUAGAUUGAUUUUGUGGGUUUUUUUUCUUUUUUCUUUUCUCUGGUGGGGGAGGGUAAGAAAAGCAGUUUGUGCGCACCUUUUAAAAAAAAAAAGACGGGUGGCCUGUCUCAGGACUAGAGGAAGCUCUUCUCAUUCGCUAAAUUCACAUUUACCCUCCCCAUGUGCUCCUGCUCUUAUUUUGGUAAUGCUCUGAUGCAACACUGCAACUUUAUGAAAUCUUUGUAUGAAAACAAAAAGACUGC